AGAAACAGGGGGAGGUGGGGGAGGGAAAGCCUAUGGUGUUGGGUUGUGUGUAUUAGAACUCACGGUGCUCCCAGUUCGCGUUUUCGUUUUGCUGCGUGGUUAGACUUUCCUGAAUAUAUCUACUUUUUUUACUUAGAUAUUAAAUAUACACAUGUAUUGGCGGGAUUUCGGCAGUGCUUGUUUAGUAGUAAGUGACCCGCAAGCCUCAAUGCAAGGUAGGCAAUCCUCCGAUCAUCAAGCGCGUGGCUGAAGUGGCCUUCUCGUAGAAAUUGCUCCUCAAAGCUGUGACUGAAGUUGAAAGAGGCGAGGCGGAGUCAGCGAGAGAUGAUCUCUAAACUGGGGCUAUGGGAGGGGUUCGCAGUGAAGAAUUGGAAUUCCAAAUCCACAACAAUUUUCAUCAGAGUAGCUCUUCCUCAAUCGUGAAAUCACAUAACAAGAACCAUCAACUACCAUCUCUAUAUGAUUUGAUUGCCAGAUAAAGGGCUUCUUGAAGGCUGGAAUGGUUGAGAAAGGGAGAAAGCUAGUCUCACAAGUUCAAAAGACCGUGAAUAUGUAGACGUCGUAGUCCUAGAUGCCGAGCGACGUUCCUUAAGCGUUCCACACAACGCUGUAACCAGCAGUCCACACGCGGUAACACGCAAUUGUGAGUAUUAAUGCGACUUGCUUGUUGGGUGUGCUCGGGGUGCAGUGGAGAUUUGUCUCGUCUCGGAUGUGACAGUGAAUUUUUUUAAUUCAAGAAGAACAGUUAAGAGCAAGAGAUGGCGGGGAUAGAGGAAGAGUACCGCAUAUGGGCUAGCGACAAGGAAAGCGUACUCAGAGUGCUGUCCGUCGAGCUAAGGGAAGCGUCAGACACUGAUCUCACGUUGCUGAUAAAGGGGAGAAAAGUCCAGAUUCUGAUACCAUCCACGUAUCACAAUUUGGGUUUGCCGACCUUGAAUGAUGAUAACUGUAGCGAGGUCUUCUUGCUGUUGCACCACGGGAAGAUCAGCGGAAAGAUGAAGGAAUCUAUGUUGGCUCUGAGCGAAAGGUUGGAACAAAUAAGCAUCCAGCCAAAGGCACUGCACCGAGUAUUGGACUUGCUUCUUGCGACUCUGCAAAAGCUGGAAGUCCAGGGUGGAUCCAAGGACAGCAAUUCCCAACAUGUUGAGCACGAGGACAUUCGUGACAGGGAAAUUUCAGAUGAGGAGGAGAGUGAUGACCAGAGUGAUUACAGCGAUUCCAAAUGUCGCAAGUUGGAGGAAGGUUGUCUCGGUGAUGACGAUGGCGACGUCGAGGCAUAUUGCCACGGCAUCGCUAUGGAUGAGGCUGGGACAGUUUGUCCCAGCGAGUAUGAAAUUCGGGAACGGUUGUCCUUCCAGGAUUUGGUGGAGGAUGCCAGAAGACAAUGUGAAGCGGUACAAGUUCAGAAAUCAAGAGAUCUCAAGAAUCCAUUAAUGUGGUUCUGCGUGGGAACCAAACCAUCGCUCUUGACAGUACAGCUGCAGUUUGAUUUAGUGGGAAUGGUGGAUGAGAGAAUCGCAGCAGGUCUUGGUCUAACGUUAGACGAGCCCGUUUCUUUGAACCUUGAAUUCUCCAAGAAUAUGUGGACGGAGACAACCUUGCGAUCAAUUAAGAUGCUUAAGUAUGAGCGCAUUUAUGCCACUCAGUUCAGCCGAAUCAGCGAGGCCCGCAUAGCCGAACCAGAUGACAUUGACAGAUUCCUAGAGGCAUCGGAUGGAGCUGGCCACCGAAGCUACGGCCUCGAUGUGCUGCUGCCGGAGCUCACAAGCAGAUUCUUUGCUGUCCUGAAUCGUCAGGGAUCAGAGUCAAGUGGGGAUUAUGUGCACAUGGAGGGGCUUCAUGAGAAUGUGAACAACAAGAACCCUUUCAUAGGCCUUGCGUUGGCCAUCUGCCACCAAUUGAGAUUGCUACCUGGCCGGUGUCUCAUCUGUUGGAAGAAGCUGUCGUGCUCUGUCACGCGCAUGCGCACUUGUGAUGAAGAUCUCUGUCUGUACCGCUUUGAGGAACUGGGCUUGGGAGUGUCAGUGCUUGACGAAGUGAAAAGUUCUCCGGAGCUUGUUGAAGUGGAACUCUCCCUUGCUCAUACGGCACUGGAGUCGGCUCGAGAUGUUUUUGAGCCCUUUCCCGCCUUUUUGUUGCAGGAUAAAGAGAUCAGAGGACGAAGCGGCUGGUUCAGCAACGACACUGUAAGGGAAUCUGCGUCAAAGUUGACGAAUCUGACGCAGAAGAUGUGGGAUGACCUGGAGGACAUGGAUGAAUCUGAGCCGCUGAAGAGUAAUAAGAAUUCUGAGCUGCUAAGGGAAAUUCUGGCGAGCAUUCCUCCCAUAGAUAAGAUUCAGAAGUGUGCCGAUGAGAGGUCUUUGAAGAAAGUUUUGACUCGUUCCUGGUAUUGUUAUCUAUACGAUGGAUACAAGAGGGCGCCUCACGGAGGCCCUGUCGUCGCUCAGGUAUCGCCCGAGAUGGCCGAGGCAAACCCAAGCCCGCGUCCAAUGCACAGGUCGCAAUUGGGCGGAUCCCAGGCAGAGAUGGUGGAGGUGUGGAGAAAGGUGGCUAAGAUGGCUUACGACGUGAUGCGCUUCAUCCUCAUGACCAACCGGCUGUCUCUUUAUCGGCUCAGAUCAGAAGAGGAGGUUCUCCAGCCGAAGACGACGCCAAAGAAUUUGCACGGAGUAGGGGUGGGUUUCCAUCCGAUGAUGAAGUCCAAGAUGAAGCUAAAUAUGGAGCCAAAGGAUUUGCACGCCGAGAAUUCGGUGACAAUGUAUCAGUUCGCUGUACUUCACGACUCACCCGAGAGAGAAGCACGUUUCAUCAGGCGGCGGGAGGAGGCGAACGGAUCUUUCUUUGCAUACCACGGCAGCUCUGCGGAGAAUUGGUACUCCAUUCUUCGAAACGGGCUUCGGAGUAUGAGUGACACUGCGUUCAUGUCCACUGGAGCUGCUCACGGCGAGGGCAUCUACCUGGCCACCAAUCUUAGCACCUCUAUCGGCUAUGCGAGGAAUGGAUUAUCUAGGGAACAGAGUGUGCUCAAGGACGGGUUUCGUUGUGUUGCAAUCUGUGAAGUUGUGAACGGCAGUGCACGAUCCAACACCGGGGUCCCGUCUUCGUCGAGACAAUUCGAAGGCAAAAUUCUUGUGAUUCCCCGUGAAAAUGAGCGCGAUGUAGCGAUCAGGUACUUUUUGGUGUUCAAGCCGCGAAGCAUGCGAAGCUUUGCAUCGUUCGAGAUUGAUGGAUGCAUGUUGUCAGGUUCACAAGUUGAUCUCCUUCUCCACUAUCAGCAGCUUCUGCGGUCUUACGUAGAGACUUGUUCCUUACAACAGGAGGCCCGCAUGUGGGCUCGCCGUGGAAUCUUACGUGCCAUUGCUGCCAAGAGCCAAGGCAUUGACAUUAAUGCACCUCCACCGUCACCUUUCCCGUCGAAGAACAGCUUUGAUCUGAUACAAAGACGAUCAGCGGAGAAAUUUGAUGCUGCAGCGACCACCAUGAUGAGGACAAAGAGACCAAAAACCAGCACAGCGCCCAAUUCAAGCACCUCGGCGCCUCGGGCAGUGAUGCAGGAGUACAAGAACCUUUUGAGUGCCAUUGCGAUGUCGCCUCCUAUCGAAUGCUUAAUCCAUAGGGACGACCCUGCGCCGAUGCUCUCUGGAACCACUGUCUCCAUCCCCGACGAGAGCAACCUCUGCCUCUGGCGGAUUUCCCUCAACCCUUAUCUAUUCAAAGAAAGCAAAAAUCUCUACAAUGACUUCAAGGAGCUCAAGAAGCUGCGCAACUCCGUCGAGGAUAUCACUGUCGAGCUCGAAGUGAAGUUUCAUCCCACAUUUCCCUUCGACCCGCCGUUUGUUCGUGUCUUGUCCCCCAGAUUCAAAACGUACUCAGGGCAUGUCACUAUCGGUGGGAGUAUUUGCAUGGAGCUUCUCACGGCUAGCGGAUGGAGCCCCGCCUGCAACUUUGAGAGCUUGCUUGUGCAGGUGGUGAUGGCGUUUUUAGAGGGCGAGGGGAGACUCGAUAUGAAGGUGAGGCAGGAGUACCAGGAGAGCGAGGCGAGGGAGGCGUUUCUGCGCGCUGCUCGCUCACACGGGUGGAAUACUUCGUAGAAGCACGCCUAACGCUCCACUUGCUUGCAUCCAUUGCCAGAAAUCUUUGUACAUUGUAGUCACCGAGAAAAACCAUUCAGAGAAGCUCCGCUGUUGUUUACGAAGUUAGCAUGAGGGGCUGGGACUGAAUGCUGUUCCAUUUUAGUGAGGAAUGGUAUUAUUUAGCAGUAAGGAGAGGUUCGGACAUGAAUUGCAAUCUUGCUUAUUGUUGAACGCAGAAUACUGGCAGCACAGUCUUUUUAAUCUCGCGUAUAAAGACGGCUUAGUAAUAAACAUGAAUUCGAACUUUGAUUUUUUGAAUCAUA